AUGUCGCGAAAACCGGGCUCGGCCCUUCCGAAUAUCAACUCGGAGGACAUGUGCCCGGUGUGCAAGACGAUCCGGUACCUGAACAAAGACAUGGAGUUCCUCAUCAACCCGGAAUGCUACCACUCGAUGUGCUCCAACUGCGUCAACCGGCUCUUCAACGACGGGCCCAACCAGUGCCCCUACGCGGGCUGCCACCGCACGCUGCGGCGCAAGGGCUUCCGCAGCGCCUUCUUCGGCGACCUGGCGGUCGAGCGCGAGGUCGACAUCCGCCGGCGCGUCGCCGCCGUCUUCAACCAGGUCGAGGAGGACUUCGAGACGCUGCAGGACUACAACAACUACCUGCAGAUGGUGGAGGACCUGACCUUCGACCUGGUCUCGGGCAGCGAGGCCGCCCGCCGCGCCGCCGAGGCGACCCUGCAGCAGUGGGAGGUCGAGCACCGCGCCGACAUCGAGCGCAACCGCCGCGCCGGCAAGGAGGCCGACGAGCAGUCGCGCCGCCGCCUCGCCGCCGAGCGCGAGGCCGCCCGCCAGAGGCGCCUCGAGGCCCUCCGCGAGGCCGAGGAGGAGAAGCGCGAGCGCGCCAGGAGCCGCGAGGCAGAGCUCGACAGCCUCGCCAAGGGCGAGCCCCUCCCCGCCGCCUCCGCAUCCGCCUCUGCGUCCGCCUCCGCGCAGAGGGUGCAGCUCAAGAGGCGCGGGCAGGCAGCGGCAAACAGGGCGGCGGCGGAAGCUGCGGCAGCAGCGGCAGCAGCGGCAGCGGCGAACGGCUCCGGCGGCGUUGCCGGAGCCGGGACGGCUGCUGCGGCGGAUGUCGGCCGGCUGUCGAUCCGCGGGCUCAAGGAGAAGAAGAAGGCACCGACGCCCGAGGGGCCGUACGACCCCUUCGGCGGGCUCGACUUCGUGCCGAGCCGGUACAAGCUUCACGACGGGCUCUCGCACCCGGCGAUCGAGAAGUACAAGGUCGACCCGGCGCACGUCACGGGCGGCUACGACUUCGACGCGUACACCGCCAGGGCCAUGUUCGAGGCCUUUGCCGGCCUGGGCGUCUUCAUCGAGGACGAAAAGGAAGUGGGCAUUGGGUUGUCAGCUGGUGAGGUGGCCACCAUCGGCGCCGGGAUCGCUGCCGCGGGCGACAAGAUGGAGUUGGACUAA